AUGUCAUUUUUCGAUGUCGAAGCACAAUCUUCAAAAGGUAACUCCCAGUCAGAACCACAAUCCUCAACAAAUCAAAAAACCAAGGAAUUAAGCGAUUUAAUUGAGACAUUCGCUGAACAAUCACGCGUACUGGAGAAGGAAUGCACCAAAAUAGGCUCUAAACGAGACUCCAAGGAACUGAGAUACACUAUCGAGACGGAAUUAAUACCGAACUGCACCAGCGUUAAGGAUAAUAUUGAGAGCAACAUUCUAAUUCAUCAAAAUGGAAAGCUGUCAGCUGAUUUCAAGAACCUGAAGACAAAAUAUCAAUCCCUCCAACAGUCAUACAAUCAAAGAAAGAGUUUGUUCCCUUUGAAAGCUACCAUUUCACCAGGAACGUCUAAAGAAAGAAACGACAUUCACACGCAAACUGAAGCCGUGCGACAAAAUCCGGAGUCCAGUUAUAUUUCUAUCAAAGUAAACGAGCAGACUCCAUUACUGCAUGGCGAAGGACAACACCAAUUACAGCUGCAAGAAGAACAAGAACAACAACAGCAAGGAUUGUCCCAAGAAGAACUGGAUUUUCAAACCAUCAUUCACCAGGAAAGAUCUCAACAGAUAGGACGCAUUCAUACGGCUGUACAAGAAGUCAAUGCUAUUUUCCACCAGCUUGGUUCAUUAGUAAAGGAACAGGGAGAACAAGUAACCACCAUAGACGAGAAUAUCUCGCACUUACAUGACAACAUGCAAAACGCGAACAAGCAAUUAACCAGAGCGGACCAACAUCAAAGGGACCGGAACAAAUGCGGCAAGGUUACCUUAAUCAUUAUCAUAGUUGUAUGCAUGGUAAUAUUGCUUGCCGUAUUGAGCUAG